GUUAUUUAUUUGUAGCCCCACUUCCCGCCAAUCCCUCUUACCCCACUUUCCGAGAACCCUAAUUUCUCUCCGCCUUCCUCCUUAAACCCCUCGCCCGCCACCACUUCCUUCUAUCCAAAGAAAAACCGUCAAGCCGCAACCAGAGCCACAGCCACAGCCACCACCCUUUCCCUUAAACCCUAAAACUCCCAAUGGACCCAAAAGCCGUGAAAUCCGACUUAGUCCUGAUCCUAGACUUCGGUUCCCAAUACACCCAUCUCAUCACUCGCCGUAUCCGCUCCCUCUCUAUCUUCUCCCUUUGCAUCUCCGGCACUUCCCCUCUGUCCUCGAUCACGUCCCUCAACCCAAAAGUCGUUAUCCUUUCCGGCGGACCACACUCGGUCCAUUCCGAUGAUUCUCCUUCAUUUGCUGAUGGGUUCGUUAAGUGGGCCCUGUCCAAUGGGGUUUUUGUUCUGGGUAUUUGUUAUGGGCUUCAGUUACUUGUUCAGAGACUUGGUGGUGAAGUUAGGGUUGGGGAAAGGCAGGAGUAUGGGAGGAUGGAGAUUGAGGUUGAGAAAAGUUGUGGUCUUUUUGGUGGGAAGAGAGUUGGGGAUAGGCAGGUUGUUUGGAUGAGUCAUGGGGAUGAGGCUGCUAGGUUGCCUAAUGGGUUUCAAGUGGUGGCUAGGAGUCAGCAGGGGGCAGUGGCUGCGGUUGAGGAUCAGGAGAAUAGGUUUUAUGGGUUGCAGUAUCAUCCUGAGGUUACACAUUCGCCAGAAGGGAUGGAGACUCUAAGGAAUUUCUUGUUUGAUGUUUGUGGAAUGAAUGCUGAUUGGAAAAUGGAAGAUGUAAUGGAUGAAGAAAUUAAGGUGAUCAACAACACGGUGGGGCCUGAUGAUCAUGUUAUCUGUGCUUUAUCUGGAGGUGUUGAUUCCACAGUUGCUGCAAUGCUUGUUCACAGGGCCAUUGGAGAUAGACUUCACUGUGUUUUUGUGGACAAUGGUUUAUUAAGGUAUAAGGAGAGAGAACGGGUGAUGGAAACCUUUGAAAGGGAUCUACAUCUACCUGUUACUUGUGUUGAUGCAACUAAUCAAUUUCUUAGUAAGCUAAAAGGGGUUGUAGACCCUGAGAUGAAAAGAAAGAUAAUUGGAAAAGAAUUUAUCUGCAUCUUUGAUACUUUUGCUCAAGAAUUGGAGCAUAAAUUAGGAAAGAAACCUGCUUUCUUGGUUCAAGGAACCUUGUACCCGGAUGUGAUUGAAUCUUGUCCUCCACCAGGAACUGGAAGAACCCACUCUCACACAAUCAAAAGUCAUCAUAACGUUGGAGGUCUUCCCAAAGACAUGAAAUUAAAGCUCAUUGAGCCACUUAAACUUCUAUUCAAGGAUGAGGUUCGCCAACUUGGGGGGAUAUUGAGAGUUCCUGAGCUAUUUUUAAAGCGCCACCCAUUUCCUGGGCCUGGCCUUGCAGUACGAAUCUUGGGUGACGUAACUGAAGGCAAUGCCUUAGAUAUUCUUCGUCAGGUUGAUGAAAUUUUCAUUCAGUCAAUCAAGGAUGCUGGCAUUUAUGACUCAAUUUGGCAAGCCUUUGCUGUAUUUUUGCCUGUAAAAUCAGUUGGAGUUCAAGGUGAUCAAAGAACACAUUCUCAUGUUGUUGCUCUUCGAGCUGUUACAAGUCAAGAUGGAAUGACAGCAGAUUGGUACUAUUUUGAACAUGAGUUCCUUGAUGAUGUGGCUCGAAAAAUAUGCAACAAUGUUCGUGGUGUGAAUCGUGUGGUUCAAGACAUCACAUCAAAGCCCCCAUCAACAAUUGAAUGGGAAUAAUGCCAUGUUGGAUGUCAGUAACAAUUCCAUAGUUGUGUAGAGUGAAGGUGAUAUUCAUUGUGUCAUUGCUUUCAGCUCCAGAUGACAAGAAAGAAAAUGAGUUUAGCAGGAUUUCUUAAUAUGAGUACUGGAUGCUUAAGGUCUGUGCCCAUAUCUAUAUCACCUAUUUCUCACAAUGAAAUUUUUGUCAAGACUAUACUGUAAACAUUUCUUCUAAAACUUCUAUCAUUAUUAAACAUUAUACUUCUUUUGGCAGCCGUAUUUUAUUUUUCUCUGGUGAUGAAUGCUUUAUAGUUUUAGCCAAA